AUGGUCGGCCUACGGGCCUUAGAUGUCCCAAAGAAGAGGCAACAAGGCUCAGAGAGCCGCAGCUCCCAGCUCGUGGGCGCCCAGCCGGUGCGGUGCGGCGCGGCGCUCGAAGGUGGGACUUACCCGGAGAAGCGUGCAAGCCGCGCGGCUCACAUUCCCGGAGGCGCCCGGCCAGGGGGCUCGACGGGGGGGCUGGCCAGCGCACUCGCGCUCCCCGCUAGGUUCCGGGAGGAGGAGGAAGCUGCGGCCGCCCACGGUGGGCGCCCUCAGCCCCCGGGCGUUGCCUUGUGGUCCGGCCCUCAUUCUACAGAUAUAGCAAACAAGGGGAACAAGAAACGUCGGCAGUUCUCCCCAGAGGAGAAAAUGAAAGUUGUGGAAGCUGUGGACUCAGGCAAGAGGAAAGGCGAUGUGGCAAAAGAAUUCAGAAUCACUCCUUCUACUUUGUCUACAUUCUUAAAGGAUCGUGCCACAUUUGAAGAAAAGGUGCGGGAGGCAUCUGUGGGACCUCAGAGGAAAAGGAUGAGGAAUGCUCUUUAUGACGACAUUGAUACUGUUUUUGCUUGGUUUCAAGAAAUCCAUGCCAAAAACAUUCUCGUGACUGGUUCUGUCAUUCGGAAAAAAGCACUAAACUUGGCCAACAUGCUUGGCUAUGACAAUUUUCAAGCAAGUGUGGGCUGGCUGAACAGAUUUCAUGAUCGCCAUGGAAUUGCUUUGAAAGCAGUCUGUAGAGAGCAUAGUGACAGAUUAAUGAAUGGUCUAGGAAUAGAUAAGGUUAAUGAGUGGCAUGCAGGGGAAAUUAUAAAACUAAUUGCUGACUACAGCCCAGAUGAUAUCUUUAGUGCUGAUGAGACAGGAAUGUUUUUCCAGUUGCUUCCCCAGCACACACUUGCUGCUAAAGGGGACCAUUGUAGAGGGGGCAAGAAAGCAAGGCAGUGGUUGACAGCACUCUUUUGUUGCAAUGCUUCAGGGACUGAAAAAAUGAGACCAUUGAUUGUUGAUAGGUCAGCCAACCCACGUUGCCUCAAGAAUGUCCAUUCCCUCCCUAGUGACUACCGAGCCAACCAGCAGGCGUGGAUGACACAGGAUCUGUUUAAUGAGUGGCUGAUCACCUCGGUGCUUUGUGACCGCCUGGAAUGUUAA